AUGAUUAAGCUCGUCCGUGUCUUCGUAUUUUCCGCCGCCUUCGCGGCUGUCUGCGCCCACACCGCAGCGGCACCCCCCACCUCAGCUGAACUCGAAAUCAUCGCAGAAAAGUUCGAAGCAGCUGAAAUUGUUUCGGAUGUUAUACCUUUCUUCGAGCCUUCUGCGCUCGCGUAUCUCAGUUUCGACUAUAAAAACGGCACUAUAACAGCCCUUGCCCCCGGGGCUCGCAUUGGUCGCAACGAUUCCCAGAUCGCACCCAUCAUUUCAAUUCGCGGCCUACAACCCAGCAAGACCGAUAAGUACGUGGGUGUAAUAGUAGACCCUGACGCACCCAGUCGCGAGACUCCCACCCGACGGAAUAUAAGACACUACAUUGCCAGUGAUCUCAUCAUUGGUUCCGAAUGCUCGCCCAACGGCAACAUCAUUACUAAUACUACGGCUGCGGCGAACGAAUAUCGCGGUCCUAACCCGCCUGCUGGCUCAGGUCCACACAGAUAUGUAUUUUUCUUGUAUCGUCAGCCAGAAGGUUUUGAUGUUUCCUUCUCAGAUGUUGAUUUGAGCGUCAUCGCGGGGUUCAACUUGUCUGCGUUCGCGGAGAAGACGGGGCUUGGCGGGCCGGUUGCUGGGACGUGGUUCGAGGCUGAGGUCGUGAACGGAACGACCACUGCGCGCCUCCUCCUCACCGUCGAGUACCUCCUCACCGUCGAGUAUCCUCAUCAAUCCCUUCAACUGCCCAUCGCGAUAAUCAUCAUGAAGCUUCUCAUCAUCACCCUCCUCUUGGCUCUUCUCCUAACACUCAUCUCCGCGUUACCAACCGAUAAGUCCUACUGCCCCGGGCCCUCACCUGCUCCAUCGGAGCCUACGCCCGCCAAAGCGUGUGCGGAGGCCUGCGGUGCUCCAACCCCGGAGUUAGCUGUCUGUGGUAGUUCCGGGCCGCAAUGA